AUCACGCAUCUUUGCUACAAUCAAGAAUUCACCUGUUGAUCUAUCUCCGCCUAAACGCACGAGCAAGAGUUUUCUGGCUACCAUAAUCACCGAAUAUCAUCUAUGCAGGCACUACUGCAAAACGCCUUAGUCCUCUCCCACUGAGAACCCUAGAACGGCAUGAUUGCCUCCUCACAAACCCUGCUUCUCAUAGCCUAUCUAUACCAUGGCUACAUUAGUUGUUCCACAAUCUAAAACGUCCACCGGUCUCUGGACUGAGGCUAUUGCCCAGUUACCUGCCGAACACAAGCACGGAAUCAACUUUGCCCAACAUGAGAAGAUCGAUAUUCUCAAAGACUUACGUGAGAAGGCCGAAGCAUCAAGAGAUCAGUUCAUGAUAUCGAGAUGGAAAUACACUCGCAAGAGCGGAGAAACGGUCAUAAUUAGGGAUGUUUUGGAGAAAUUUCUUCGAUGGCUUGAUGUGUUCAAGGAGAUUGGAGAUGUGGCUGUUCAGUACGACCCCACACAUGCUGCGCUUCCUUGGGCGAGUAUUCGCUUCAUCUUGCAGGUUGCGUUGAACGAUACGAACAAAAUAUCCUUGGUCAUGGAAGAUCUUGCCUGGAUAUCUGAGCUGAUUUGCCGCUAUACCAUCCUAGAAGCUCUGUAUAUUUUCGAUUCAUCAACGGCUCACGAAGCGCUUCAGAGAGCUUUGGUUAAACUGUACUCAAAAAUUCUUGUCCACCUAUCUAACGUAAUAGCAUAUUUUGGGCAGGGGACUGCCAAGAGAAUGAUAAAGAGCGCUCUUCUUUUCGACAAAUCGUUGGAUUCAACUCUGGAAGAGAUCCACAGAGCAGAAGAACAGGUAAAGAAUUGGAUAUCUUUGGCUGAAAGAAAUGCUUAUUUCCGCGACUUAGAAUGUGAAAUGGUUACUCAUGGGUUUGUGGAGGGAGCUGGCUGCUUUGAAUCAUCAAAUCCACUAACAAUUUUGGCAGAUAGUAUCGACAAAAACAAUAGGCUAGCAGCUCUACUGGAUUCCAUGGAUGGGCCACUGAAAAGAAUCGAUCGAAAUCUUGAGCAUGUGCAAGAUAACCUUGAAAGAUCGGAGCGCACGGAGAUUCUUCAAUGGCUCUCCUCUGAGCCUUACAUGGGUCACCACAAACAAGUCAAGAAAGACCUCCUAGCUGGGACCGGAACUUGGCUUCUAGAUGACGCUAUCUUCAAGAAAUGGAGGGAUGACAGUGCAUCUUCCAUUUUAUGGCUUCAUGGGAUCGCUGGAUCGGGCAAGAGCAAACUGGUGUCGAUUGUAAUCGAAGAUGCGAUGAAGAAUUUCCAGGCUCGAAAUAGCCAACAACCAGUAUUCUUCUACUGUUCAAGAAAUCCAGCAGAGCCUUUACGGUCAAGUCCAAGAGGGAUACUUGCUAGUAUUGCGCGCCAACUAUCAAACACAGAGUUGGGGAUGUCUCUUCUAAAACCUACAGUCGAUAUGUACAAGAGCGAAGAGAGCCAAGGGUUUGCGUCCGGACAGCCCGAAAUGACAGAAAUUUGCGACCUCAUCACGGAGCUCAUCGAAAUAUAUCCCCAGACGACGAUCAUCAUAGAUGCCAUGGACGAAUGCGAUCCAGGGACGCGAUGGGAGCUACUUGAGUAUCUGGAGAUGAUUCUCAAAAACGCUUCUAGCCUGGUCAAGAUUUUCAUUUCGAGCCGAAAUGACCAAGACAUCGUAUUGCAGCUGAAAAAUUACCCAAAUCUAAAGCUUGACUCUAGGAUGAACGGGAGAGAUAUUGCGCGGUUUGUCAAGAAUGAGACAGAACAACUAGUUAGCCGUAGAAAACUACUAUGCCAUAGCAAUUCGCGAGAUGAGCUCAAGGAGCUAAUCAUUUCCAAAACGACCGCAAGUGCUCAUGGAAUGUUUCGCUGGGCCAGCAUGCAAUUGCAAUAUCUUUGUUUGUUCACUGAAGACAACGACAUUAGGGAUGCCAUGGGCCGACUUCCGCCCGAUCUGCUCUCUCGAGAAACGAUUCUUGAAUACUGCAACAACUUCAUUGUUCAUGACUCACUGCUUGACACGUUUCGAUUCGCACAUCUGUCCGUGCGAGAAUUUUUGGAAGGAAGACCUGAGUUCAGUAAACCAUCGCCCAACAGCAUGAUAGCGGAAGCCUGUCUCUGGAUCGUUCUCUGUAAAAGACCAACCCCAGCAACCCAAAAGCUUUUCCGUCAUGUUGGCUGGAAACUCGAGACUGAACCAUCUGUAAUUGAAGCACUUGAUUAUGCACGAUAUCACUGGCCUAUUCACUGCAGAGCAGCGGGACAUUGUAGAAAAUUGGGCACUCUGAGCGUCGUUUUGAAACAUAUGUUCUUGGAUGAAAGAGACAAAGGGAAGAGUUCAUCCAUGGUUCUCUGGAUGCAGGAUGUUGUCGAUCUCAAGUAUGAAUUUCACACUCAGUACCUAUUCCCAAAACAUCAGAUUCUGGUUUGUAGCGACUUGCCACCACAGUAUUUAGGGCUAUUUAUCGCCUGCACGUUUGACCUCGAAGAAUUGGAAAAAGAACUUUUUGUCAGCGAAGCACUUACAGGACAAUACAAAACUAGCGGACGGCAAAGUCUUGGAGGUCUCGCGGCUAAAAAUGGAAGCCUCGCAAUACUUUCUCAUCUGGUCGUACAAAAUGAGUUUGGGGUUGUGCUUGCCACAGAAGUCUUGGAGGCUGCUCGUGCUGAAUAUUGCAUGUAUGUGGCAAUGGUCCUUGUCAAUCUGUGGAAGGUAGAUGAACAGAGUAAGAGGACGGUAUUGACAGCGACCGUUUCGAAGAUUCCCCUGGAAGCGAUAGAAGUUUUGCUUGACUCAUGGGAAGACGUCGAGAUUACACAAAAGAUGAUUGUAGCAGCCAUCAGAAGGAAAGAUCGAUCUGUUGAGGUGACCAAGUUCCUUUUGAGUCGGAGGGGAGAAAACGUCAGAAUCACACAAGAGAUGGUAGAAGAAGUCAUAGAAAAUGGUGAAAACACACUGUUUUUAGCUCGGAUUCUUCAAAAUCAGGGCAGAAAUGAGGCCGUGGUAGAACCAUACAAGCUCGUUACGGAAAUCGAGAGGAGCCACGAAUCCGUGAGAUUGAUCGAGCUACUUCUCGACGAAUUAGGCGAAGACAUCACAAUCACCGAGAAUACACUCAGGGCUGUGGACUCUCAGAAUCACCGUCGUCACUGCUUGAUUAAAUGCUUCCUGCGUCGACGAAGGGAAGAUUUACCAAUCGCCGCAUCGGUAGUGAAGUAUGUUCUGGAGCAAAGCUCAGAAGAUGUGGCAUUAGCCUUUCUCAAAAAUUGCGACCUCGAAAGCGUAAUCACGAAAGAAAACAUAAAAACUGUUGGGAGGCGUUGGAACAGGGUAAAAGGACUGAUGCUCUUCUUCGUUAAUCAGCGAGUCGACGUGAUCAACAUGCUCGCGGACGGUGAAGAAAAUGGCUAUUCGAUUGAAAAGUUGGGACAAGAUUUUUAUCGUCUCAGGUUUGACGGAGGCCCUGGGUCGUGGAUGUACUGCAAACGGAAGGAAGACGGGUGGGAAAUCAAGUAA